CUUCACUUCACUGCGAAUACACAAUGUAUCUGGACUUCACUACCAACCUAGGUCUGAGCUCACUUUUGGCCACCGUACUCUCCGUUCUUACGCCCAACAAGCAGGCCAGCGUUCUCCAUCAACCUGUUCUUCCUCCAUCUUAUCCACUGGCAGUGCGAAGCCCAUACCUAUCAACAUGGAUGCCGAGCGAUCAAGUCGGGAGACUCCCUGAGGCCGAGCCACAUUUCUGGACUGGCCAGAAUCUUACCUGGUCCAUUAUGGCUCGUGUAGAUGGCCAGGCUUAUAGUCUGAUGAACGUCAAGGGCUCUGAUAAACUCAUUCGCCCUGCUACUGUUCGCAGUGCAGAAUACACUGCCACACACUCCAUCUUCACUCUCACUGCUGGCUCGGUGAUACUUACACUAGACUUCUUUUCACCCAUCUCGCCCUCUAACUACCUUCGCCAGUCCCUACCAUUCAGCUAUCUGACAGUCUCGAUUUCUGGAGCGUCAUCCAACAAUGUCCAGAUCUACUCGAGCAUUGACAAAAGCUGGACAGGAAAGUCAGAAUCUACGUCUUGUGGCUUUCUUUAUGCGAAUGCUACUUCUGUGUACUCCUUACGAUCGCAGAAUGCGAUUCCGUACUCCGAGGAAAGUGACAUGGCAGCUUGGGGCGAAGCCGUCCUAGCCUCUCAAUCUACCUUAGACUCAAGCCUCUCAUAUGCCUCGGGAGAACGAAAAGAUGUGCAGUCCCAAUUUGCGAGAACUGGAAAGCUAGAUAAUGCCAACCAAUUCCUGACGACUGGGGGUAUUGUUGCUGUUGCUCACGACUUAGGAUUUCUUGUGAACGCGCAGUCAGUGACUUUUGCCGUUGGGCAUGUGCGCGAAGAGUCAAUCAACUACCUAGGGAGGCCGUAUACAGGAUACUACCGGGCCUUGUACCCCAGAACAGAGCAAGCAGUUGCGCACUUCUUGAAUGAUUACCCCGAUGCUCUUCGAGAGUCACACACUCUUGAUUUGGAGAUGGCGAAACAGGCGGCCGCCGUUGCAGGGCAGAAAUACGCUGACAUUGUGACUUUGUCGAGUCGGCAGGCCUAUGCAGGGAUUGAGAUUACCAUUCCUAAUGACACGCUGAAUAUCACAGAUGUGUUAGCGUUCAUCAAAGAGCUUUCCAGCGAUGGCAACAUCAACACGGUGGACGUCAUCAUGCCUGCUUUCCCCAUCUACUAUAUUCUGGACCCAAACUACAUCCGACUUCUGCUAGAGCCCAUGAUGAGGUACCUCGCCGCCGGACGCUGGCGGCAGCCUUACGUGAUUCAUGAUUUGGGCUCACAUUACCCGAAUGCAGUUGGCCACGACAAUCAACAAGCAGAACCAAUGCCAAUCGAGGAAUGCGGGAACCUAUUGGUUCUCGUACUCGCCUAUGUUCGUGCCACGGGAGAUACAGACUGGGCGUCCCGGUACACCGAGCUUCUCCAGGACUAUGCAGAUUAUCUGGUCGACAACGGCAUCGACAUAGCUGAGCAGUUGUCUUCCAACGAUGCCGCUGGACCUCUGGCCAACGAGACUAACCUUGCGAUCAAGGCUGCCGUUGGUAUCAAGGCAUUCGGGGAGCUGACAGGCUUCUCCGAAUACUCGCGUGUUGGCGACGAAAGAGCCGAGCUGCUGUUCUCCCGGGGAUUGGGGGUGGACGCGCAAAAGACACACUUUGCGCUGCAGUACCCAGGAAAGCCGGCCUCCUGGAAGAUUCCGUACAAUCUCUACCCUGAUGUGUUGUUAGGCCUACGCACCUUUCCCAAGGCCGCAUAUGACAUGGGGAAUACUUUCUUUAAAUCGGUCCGAGCCGAGUAUGGUGUACCCUUGGAUGACCGACAGGACUGGGCCAAGUCGGACUGGAACAUGUGGCUGGCUGGGACGUUGGACUCCACCACCCGCGAUGAGUUUGUUGACGACUUGUGGAGAUAUAUGACCAACGGCAAACAUCACUGGCCGUUUUCCGAUCGCUAUAUCGCCACAUCAGCCAAAGGAGGCCGCUCGGGGGUCCCUGUCUUGUGUCGAGCGCGGCCUACAGUGGGAGGACAUUUUGCUUUGUUGGCACUGCAGGGUCCUCGUUGUCUGCAGCAGGCCGUGUAUAGAAGACUUGAAGUCCUGGAGGAAGAAAGUCAGUAUGAGCAAAUGUCUCUGAGCUCUGAGCUCUGAGAUUAGAUACCAGCGAGGAGCAUGUAUGUAGGCAAUGUAAUUUGGUAG